AUACGUAGCUAAUUUGUACAGAAAUGGGCGACGAAUCUGAUCCUUGCGAGUGCUUGUGGAAUCAUGAGUUGGCAAUGCGAAGGCUUAUUUUUAUGCUCCGUCAAGGCCAAUCAUACUGUACAGAUGGAGAGUGUCUUGAUGAAAUGCCAUCAUUACCUCAACCAGAAAAUGCUGCAAUCAAUUACACAUUUAUGUUCAUGAUGAUGGCUGUGGCAAUUGUUUUGUAUGUCUUACGCCCACAGCGCAACCAAAUUCAGGAUACUGCCAAGCCCGCUCCUAACCCUCGUGAUAAUGAUGGGGCACCGCCAGCACCACCCCGAAUUUAAUGCAUUGACAAAAUACAUCAAGUGUGUCAAACCAUCAAAAUAAUAUGUAUCAUAUAUAAUAGUUGAAACUUAUGACGAUAAUUAACAUCCAUUGUAAUAAGUAUAAGUAAUAAUGUAAGUGUUAGACAAAACUCGAAUAGGACUUUCCGAGGAAAAGAAACAUCUUGCCUGUAAUUAAAGUAUUCAAUUUCAUAUCAUUCCAUGUUUUCGCAUAGUUUAGUUUGUCACAAAAUACUAUAAUUGGUGCUAAGAGUUGAAAAGACAAAUAUUAACAAUUUCACAACUAAAAACUACCAAUCGUGGUAUGUUCCCAAAUAAAUCAUUAUCAUCACAAUCAUUAACCAACAAAAUGGUUGGUAUAGAUCUGCAAAAAUUAUCUUACUUUACUAUUUUUAUUUUUAUGCACUUUUUGCUUGAGUUGCACUGUUUUUUCUUAUUUAU